AUGGUAGUAGAACGAGUUGGACAUACUAACGCUGAUGAGGUCCAGGUAGAUUCCACCCUGACACAGUUACGCUACUGCAAACAACGGGGAUCAUUGGAAGCGUACAAUAAAGAGUACAAUGCUCUAUCCGCUGCAAUACCAGACGAACUACUAUCACCCAAGUGCAAGCAGUCUUUCUACUUGAGCGGACUAGAAAAAUCGUUGCAAAUAACGGUCAGAAAUCUGAGACCGGAUUCACUGGAGACCGCCAUGAUUUUAGCAUCCAACUCAUGCGGAGAGGACCGCUCAGCGGAAUGUGCGACCAACACACACAGGGCCACUGACACCGAUAGGCGUAAGGACCACCUAGCUGACGGCGACGACCUAGACACUCAGAAGGAAAUCGAUGCCAUCCGGACGGGAUACAAGAGGCGGAGACCAGAUCCAUCUGACACCCACAGAGUCAAACUGACAGAAAAGGAACGCAGGCUGCUGCAGAAGUUCGGUCUCUGCUUUAAAUGCCGGGCCGGCAAACAUUGGGCGAAGAACUGCCCUGAAACGAGGCCUAGUUAA